CGCACUAUAGCCUCCACAAAAGUAACAAAACCUACCUACCUGAAGAAUUGAAUGUUUCGAAAAUGCAUCAAAUGUUUCAGACAAAAUAUCCAAAUGCAAAGGUAUCAUAUGAAACAUAUAGACAAUGUUUUUGCAGUGACUUUAACAUCAGUUUUGGCUACCCCAGAACUGACACUUGCAGUAAGUGCGAUGAACUAACGGCCAAAAUUACAGGGCUACAGAAACAAUUAAAAAAUAACAGAGAAUCCGAUGAUGUUGCUAACAUUAAUAAGGAAAUAACUUCUCUUGAAAAUGAAGCAAAACUCCACAAAAUCAAAGCAGAUGUGUUCUACAAAAGGAAAACACGUGCCAAACAAUUAUGUAAGCAAUCAGUGGAACAUGAGGCCAUAAGUAUGGACUUUGGUAAGAAUUUACAAUUGCCGAAUAUUACCACUAAUGACAUCUACUACAAGCGGCAGUUAUCAAUGUAUGCUUUUAACAUACAUGAGUUGUCUAGUGCGAAAAGUAUUUUUUACCUAUAUCCUGAGACUGAAGGAAAGAAAGGGAGUGAUGAUGUUUCUUCUUUCCUACACAAUUUUGUCUAUGAACAUCUGGAUGAAAAAAUUAGACACCUUCACAUAUUCUGUGACUCUUGCUCGGGCCAGAACAAAAACUUCACAAUGAUAAGAUUUUUACAUUAUCUUGUUUAUGAAGCAAAGAAACUUGACUCCAUCAAAGUAACAUUCCCUGUGCGUGGCCAUUCAUACAUGGAAUGCGACAAGAAUAUGGGGCUUGUCAACACAAAAUCUAAGGCAGAACUUCCUUCAGAUUGGAUUGAAGUUUUUGAAAAUGCUAGAAAGAACCCUUUUCCCUUUAAAGUUGUGAGUAUUGACAAUCAAUUCUGUAGACAGUGGACAAAAUUCUUGGACACAUUAUAUAUGAAAAAAUGCCCAUUUGCUACCAGGACUAUAAAGGAGCUUAAAAUUUCCAAGGAAGGCAAUGGUAAUGAACAAAAAUUGAUGCUGAGGAGUUCUUACUAUGCAGCGUGGGACAAAUGUUCAAUCCUGCCAAAGAAAAAAACCCAUUCUUCAACAGUAUGUGCUGAAAAUGAAUUUCUAAUGCCAGAAAAAUCUUAUGAUGGUCCACUGCCUAUCAAGAAGGCCAAAUACAAUGACUUGAAAGAUUUAAAGAUAUUUUGUAGUAGUGCUGCCCAAGAAUACUUCACCAAUCUUCCCCAUUUGGAUGAAUAAAAUUAGGGUCUUAAAUGAAGCAAUCCAAAUUAAAUUAUAUUUUCAAUGUGCUAAGUUUUAUAUGUAAAAUAAAUAUCUGUAUUAUUUUGGA